AUGUCCGGUCCAGUGAAAUCGGUGCUGGAGGAUUAUGGACUCAAUGCUGGUGACGCUGUGUUCUGCAAGGAUGCUGGUUCACAGGUGACGUCUGAUUAGGUGGAGCUGUGCUUCCUGUGGAAGGACUAUCUGUGCAUGGUGCUCUUUCUGCGGAGAUUUGGUUGCCAAGUCUGCCGCUGGAUCGCCCAGGAUGCCAGCCAACUGAAGACGCUGCUGGACAGUCAUAACGCCUGCCUGAGUGGUAUGGGGCCAGAAAGCAUGGGACUGAAAGAAUUUAGUGAUGGGAACUACUUCAAUGGAGGUAAGGGAUGUCUCUGGGGUGGCUGGUUGAGCGGAAGAUGUUUUCUCCUGCACCAAGAACCCCUCUGGUCCUUUUGUGCCUUGGCAAAUGCAGACAGCAUCCAAGGCAACUUAAGUGGCGACCUGUUGCAGAGUGGAGGAAUGUUAAUAGUCAGUCAAGGUGGAAAGAAGGUGCUCAUACAUUUUAUACAGGAGUCACCUGGUGAUUGUGUUCCCUUGGAAAAAAUUGUCAAGAGCCUCGGUAUCUCUGCAAAUGUGGAGGAUGCGUGA